UGACCAAUUAUCGCGCGAUAUCACGUCGCGGUGUUCCUCCGCUGCUAGGCGAACGGUGCCAGUCGAUAACGGCUGGUCUAUACGCUAUUUGUACUUGGUCGUAUCGAGGUAAUCGAUAAUAAUAAUUGCAGCUCGUGGUCUCGGAGGCAGCCCUCCUCCACCUCUUGGAACGGCCCUACAAGCGGAUGGGGUUGCGAAUCUUGCUCGGGGUAAAAGAGUGUUUGUCGGGGAGAGGUAGAGAGAAAAGGCACGCGUGCGGAGGAAGAACGCCUCGACGAAUGGGAUGAAGAGGGUGGUUCGUGGGCUGGGCGUACGAACCAACGUUGGAAAGGUUCCGCCCUCGAAAAGGUAUGUAGGGAAAGAGGGAGAGACAGUGCGAGAAGGGGGAGAGAGAGAGAAAGACAGAGAGAACGACUGGAGAAAGAGAGAGAAAGAACGAUUGAGAGAGAGGGACGAAGAUAAAAGAUGUCUCGUGGCAGGCUGUUUCUACGUUCAGUCGACAUCGGUACUUCUUUCGGGAACGUUCGAAUACUGUCCGUGUUUUCUUCUAUACAAAAAGAAAAAAAGGAACACAAAAACAAAAAGACACAGGGUAAAAGAAAGAAAGAAAACGUAUAUAUUUUCUCUUUCUAUUUGUGUAGUGUAUUAAAAAAAAAAAAAGACUAAUAUCAGUGAUUGAUAAAAGAAAAACAAAGAAGGGUAAAAUUAAAGAAUACUCGAAGAGUGAAUUAGAAUUUCCAUCACGGAAGCAAUUAUGAUGAGCACUCAUCAACACCCGAGUUAUGGAUUUCUCUCGGGUAUGGACUUACACUCGGUGCACCAUGUGAAUCAAGAAAUGGGCGCGAGCGCUCAACAGAGCGUCGUAACAGCGCAAGAACAGCAUAUAAAGAGACCGAUGAACGCGUUUAUGGUAUGGUCGAGAAUACAACGAAAGAAAAUUGCUUUGGAUAAUCCGAAAAUGCAUAAUUCAGAAAUAUCGAAGCGUCUCGGUGCGGAGUGGAAACUUCUUUCAGAUGCGGAAAAACGGCCGUUCAUUGACGAAGCCAAACGAUUACGUGCUAUGCAUAUGAAAGAACAUCCAGAUUACAAAUAUCGACCACGAAGAAAGCCAAAGGUACCGGUAUCAGUAGUUUCUGGUAAACCAGGUUCCAUGAAUCCUGGGGGGUUUCCAAGUUUUCCUCUUCCACCAUAUUUUGCUGCACCAACAGCUCCGGUUUCUCAUCAUCAUCAUCAUCAUCAUCCACAUCCGCUUGACUAUCCACCUUUGUCACCGUAUUUUGGAUCUGCCUUCGAUGCCGUUCAUUUGAGCAAGCUCGUUGCUAGCGGUGGUGCAUCAAGUGCCUCGAGUUCGAACUGUGCGGCAGCCGCAGCUGCGGAAGCGACCAGUAACAGUGCAGCCUCCGCUGCGGCAGUUGUCAGUAGCUUCUAUUCUGGAUUGUAUUCCACGGCAGCAUCACCUAUAAAAACUUAUCACACCCCCUCGACUCAUCUUGGGCCUUUAUUCUCAAGUGGUCAUCACGCGCCACCGGGAUCAAGUCAAUCAACGCAUCCAUCCCUCGUAUUUCCAUCGACUUCAUCUAACGGAACUGGAAGUAUCGUCACGACGACCAGCAGUCCCGGAAGCAGUCCAAGAUCACCUCCAGUGCCGUCCACACAACACAGUCAUCAACAACUCGUAACACCCACGACUACGCCGAGCCUUGAUCUCGAUCAACAUCGUAGACCGGUCUCCGUCAUUUUUUAAUCUUUUUCCAAGCCUCCUCUUUUAAUCGACACAGCGAAUGAUUACUUUAAAUGAUAUUUGAUCACGUGUAUUCUUCGUCGACAGCCCUGGUUCUCUUUCAAUCUCAAGAGGAAACCUACCUACGACGCGAAUAAUUUAAUUAGCAUAAUCGCUAUGCUGAAGAGUAAACAGUCAUUUAGGCGGGGUUUUUAACGAUUCCUUUUUUAUUUCUAUCUUGUUCAUUCUUUUUCCCUCUUUAAUCUGUAUCCUGCUAUCCUGCGUCUGACAACAUUUAUAUUUUCCGAAUAAUCAUAAUUAUAUACUUGUAUUAAGAACGCGCUCGUUUUAUCUUGGCGAAGUUUGAAAGAUCGAAUUAUUUUUGUUUUCAUUGCAUUUACUUUUUAAUCGUUCGCUGAAUUUCAUUGUUGUUCCCAGUGAUCUUUAGAAAGUAAUAAAAGAUUGGCUAGUCAAGAUUUUUACAAACAACGUGAUUUUCGUCGUUAGUUAUAUAGUUUUAAUUACAAUUGUGUAAAUAACAUGUAAAACUGAUAACCAAUUCGAUAGAUCUACUGCGAGAACCAUUCUUGUGGGAUCUAUUGAAUUCGACGAUUUUUUAUCAAUCAAUUUGUUCACUCAUUUACGAUAUAUAUGUACAUAUACGAUUAUAUGAACCGUUCAUUCUCCAAAGUGAUUAAUGUUUCGCGAAAUAAAAACUAAUGGAACUUAAAAAAUUUGUAUAUAUAUAUAUAUAGAUAUAUUGUAUUUUUUAUUAGUAAAUUUAUACAUGUAUAUUGUUUUUUUGUAAUUUAAUUUAUAAUUAAUAAAAAAUAAUAAUUGUUUAGUAAAUUAUUUACCAUUACCAUAUGAACUUUUGUCACACCUGAAUAAAUGAUAUGGAACAUAAUUAUGAAGGAAAUUUAUUUUCAAUAUAAAAUAAAAAGAAAAAAAAGAAAGAAAUUCCAAAAAUGGAGUUAGUCGCUUUGGUCUGUGAACUUCAUAUAUACAUACAUACAUACAUACAUACAUACAUACAUACAUUUAUAUAUAUAUAUAUAUAUAUAUAUAUAUAUAUAUAUUUUUUUUUUACAAACGAGACACCCAACACACAUGCCAAUGUCUUAUUAAAGAGUUUAUUCUGCGUUAUAUAUAUGUAUACGUAUGAAGCUGUCAAAAAGAUUGUAAAGCCAAUGUAUAAAUGCUCGAAUGUAAACAUUCCGUAUGUAGCACGCGUUCUUAAUUUUAAAGGAAAGAGAAAGAGAGAGAAAGAGAGAAAGAGAGAGAGAGAGAGAGAGAGAGAGAGAAAAGACAGAAUAUGUAUAAUGAAGACGCCACGUGCAUCGUUCACUGUGAUUUUCGUUGUGAUUCUACAUAUGUAAACAAAUGAUAAAUACAAUUGUAAAAGAAAGAAAAAAUAUCUCUUUCGAAAAUAUCAACUUUAUAGCUUGAAAAUUUUUGUGUGUGACGUACCUUUCAUUUAAUCAUAAUAUUAAUGAUUUUCAAUUUUUCUGCGCGUAUAGCACAAGAGAAAAAAAAAUUGUUGCACUGUCUCGUGUUAUUUAUCGUCUGGCGUUGUACACUAAGAAGUAGAGAGAAAAAGAAAAAGAAAAAAAAAUAAAGAACGUAAACUUUCCCUCCUCCUUCUCUUCUUCUUCUUUUUCUUCUUCUCUCUUCUUCUUUUUAUGUGUGCACACGAUUGUAUAGAUUUUGAGAUGUUGUUCUUCAAAGAAAAAAGGAAAACAGAAAAAAAAGAAAAAAAAAACAUAUACACUUUGUAAAAAAAUUGAUACGCUCGUGAUAUCUGUGCAUUCUCCAAAUAGUUUUAUGUAUAUUGUUUUUGUUAUAAAUAAAUUGUUAUUAUUUGUUCGUAGUACAAAGCUUAUCUUUAUGAGCGUAUUCGUUAGAACUUUUACAGCUAUUAACAGAUUUAAUAAAACCCAACAUUUAUAUUUAAUAGUAACAGUUUAUGACAAUACAUAAAAACUAUAAAACCUUUUUUGGAAUUAUGACUAAUUACUGUUGGCUUAAUAUUUAUGCUUCAUAGGUAGAAAUAAGAAUUAUAAAGGUUUUCUGAGUUACAAUUGGAUAUUAAAUAACGGUAAGCGUAUAUAAAAUAUCAGGAUCUCCUUUUGUUAAAAUAUUUUUCUUUUAUAUCACGAAAUAACACAUUUAUUUUUACGAUAAAUGUAAUCUAUUAACUUAUCUGAUUUAAAUUAAUCCGACAAUUUCGUCUUGUUACUAAGAAAAUAAAACGUUUGUCAUCUAUCGUUCUCAAACUUACCAAUUUUUGGAAAAACAAUUACGAACAUUCGACGAUAAAAUUCGAUGAAUAAAUGGUUAGAUAGGAAACGAUCGAUAUAUCGAUAGACAUCGGGCAAGAAGGUUAAAAAAAUUAUCUACAUUUGUUUCAAUGAUAAUACGUACAAACUUUUUUUUUCUGAAAAACAAUUGGACUCCAACGUUUAUCCUUUAGAUAUAUUUCUAUCUAUAUAGAAAGAUAUCUAUCUACCAGGUUUACGUGCGAACA